AUGGCUCUGAAUAAUCCCAUCCCAAUGGGACCAUGGAAGAUCACGGUUUAUGACCAGGAGAACUUCCAAGGGAAGCGUCUGGAGUUUACCUCAGCCUGCCAGAACAUCAUGGAGUGUGGCGUUGACAACAUCCGCUCCCUGAAGUUGGAGUGUGGAGCCUGGGCAGGAUAUGAGCACUCCAGCUUCUGUGGACAGCAGUUUGUGUUGGAGAGAGGAGAGUAUCCUCACUGGGAGUCAUGGAGCGGCAGCAACGCCUACCACAUUGAGAGGAUGAUGUCCUUCCGCCCCAUCUGCUGUGCUAGCCACAAGGAGUCCAAGAUGGUGUUGUUUGAGAAGGAGAACUUCAUGGGACGCCAGUGGGAGAUAAACGAUGACUACCCCUCUCUGCAGGCGAUGGGCUGGGGCAACAACGAGAUUGGAUCCAUGCAAGUUCAGAGUGGAUCCUGGGUGUGCUACCAGUUUCCAGGUUACCGGGGUUACCAGUACAUCAUGGAGUGUGAUCGUCAUGGCGGCGAGUACAAACAUUACAGAGAGUGGGGCUCCCAUGCUCAGUCCUUCCAGGUGCAGUCGCUGCGUCGAAUCCAGCAAUGAGACCUCGAGCGUAUUCCCUGGACCCCUUA